CACUGAAGGAAUCCGUAAAAUCUCGCGAUAUGCGGAACUCUCGGGGAAGCUGUCAUGGCCGCGCCUAUGUAUAGCUGCUGGGUUCUGCUCUAAGGAAAACGACAGCAUGUAUUCUUUUUCACUAGUGGAAAUGACAUUUGUUUUAUAUUGACGACUUUAAAGCUAUUUGGAAGCGUUUCAGUGGCUGGCAAAAUGAAUAACAAAGCAAGUUCCUUUUUAUGGAACCUCAGACAAUUCAGUACUUUAAUUCCAAGAGACAAAACUGUGGGAUUUUGUGGACCAAAAUUUGUUUAUUCAAACUGGAACCCAAGAAACCAUCCCGGAAAUGACUUUGAUAACAGAAUUCAAUCAUCUAGGUCAUCUAGUACGUAUCUCUUCCAGGAUGCAUUCAUUUUUAAAUCAGGAAAUGAUGGAUUUCCAACAAAGGGCAGAAGUACCCUAACAGUUCUUACAGUUGACAGACUACUUUGCCCUAGAAGGCUGUCCUUUGACUCAAAACAUUCUGUUGUCUUUGUUGGUACACUCAAUAAUGGAUUGAGGAAAGUAAACUUUCACCAGGAAGUCUCCGAUGAAGAUGUUCUCACCAAAGAAAUAAAGCCAACCCCUAUCAGCUAUCAAAAAUUAUCUAAGGAGUGUAAUUCCCUCAGUGAUGUGUUAGAUACAUUUUCAAAAGCACCUGCUUUUCCUAGUAGUAACUAUUUCACAGCAAUGUGGACAAUUGCCAAAAGGAUGUCUGAAGAACAGAAGCGCUGUGAAAAACAACUGAUGUUUAGCCACCCUGCAUUUAACCAGCUCUGUGAACAUAUGAUGAGAGAAGCCAAGAUCAUGCGCUAUAACCAUUUGCUGUUCAGUCUUCAUGCUAUGGUGAAGCUUGGAAUCCCUCAGAACACUCUUCUGGUACAGACUUUGCUGAGGGUGGCCCAGGAACGUAUCAAUGAGUGUGAUGAGAAAUGUCUUUCAAUUCUGUCAGCUAUUAUAGAGGCAAUGGAGCCAUGUAAGAAUGUGCAGGUUCUUCAAGCAGGAUUGAGAAUAUUAGUUGAUCAGCAAGUCUGGAAAAUAAAACGUGUCUUCACUUUACAAGCUGUGAUGAAAUGUAUUGGAAAAGAUGCGCCAUUCAGUCUUAAAAGGAAACUGGAGAUCAAAGCCUUAAGUGAAUUAGACAGAUUUUCUGUUUUGAAUAGCCAGCGCAUGUUUGAGGCACUAGCUGCCAUGAAUCAUCGUUCUAUGGUACUGUUGAAUGAAUGCAGUAAGAUAGUCACAGAUAAUGUCCAUGGAUUGCCUUUUAAAAUAUUGAUCAACAUAUUGCAGUCCUGCAAAGACCUCCGAUACCAAAAUUUAGAUCUCUUCAAGGGAACAGCAGACUAUGUGGCUGCAACUUAUGACAUUUGGAAAUUGAAACAAGUUAUUUUUCUCCUCAUUUCAUUUGAAAACCUUGGCUUUCGACCUAUUGGUUUGAUGGACAUGUUAAUGAAAAAAGUAGUAGAGGAACCUGAAUCCCUAAACAUGAAAAACAUUGUCUCUAUUCUUCAUGUGUAUUCUGCUCUCAAUCAUGUCUACAAAUGUGAGAACAAAGAACAGUUCCUAGAAGUGAUGGCGAGUUCUGUGACUGGUUGUCUUCACCACAUCUCUUCUGAACACCUGUUGAGUGUGGUGUUUUCGUUUUGCUUGAUGAAUCAUUUUCCCCUGGCCCUUGUUAAUCAGGUUCUCCAGAAGGACGUCAUAAGUGAGCUGCUGGCAUCAGAUGACAAGGAGAGGAAUGUUCACAAGCUUCACAUUUUGAAUACUUGUCUAAAACUUGAUGAUACUUUUUCUUACAAGGCCAUAGACUUAUUACUGCCACAAAUGCCAUCGGCACCAUUAGAUCCAAACACAAAGGUUGCAGAGGUGCUAAGUAGCCUUCUGGGAGGUGAAGAAUACUUCUCAAAAAAUGUACAGUUGCCGCAUAAUUAUCAUAUUGAUUUUGAAAUUAGAAUGGAUACUAACAGGAGUCAAGUGCUUCCAUUUUCUGACAUGGGUGUAACUUCUGCUACGAAUAUUCAAAGAGUAGCUGUGCUGUGUGUUCCUAGAUCUGUUUAUUGUUUGGGCUCAAACCACCCGAGAGGACUCUUUGCUAUGAAAAUGCGGCAUUUGAAUGUAAUGGGUUUUCAUGUGAUCUUGGUCAAUAACUGGGAGAUGGAGCAACUAGAGAUGGAGGAUGCAGUCACAUAUUUGAAGAGUAAAAUCUAUUCACUUGAAGACCUUCCUGCUGGUGAUAUAAAUUUGCAAAGUACAUAUUAAAGUAGAAAUCAAUCUUUUCACAUUAGGAGACAUGUAUUUGUAAAAAUAAUUUCAAUAAAGGCUAUAAUUAAUUCAGUUGUCAAUGCAA